AUGUCGCACAAGAUUGCACUUAUACUUGGUACUAAUAGCAAUCUCGGGCUGGGGAUCGCAUACAGGCUACUGGAGACAGUCGACCCGACUUCUAGAUUGACUCUAAUAGUGACCUCUAGAACGCUUCCUCGAGCUAGGGAAACAAUCGACAAAAUCAAAGAACAUAACGCACAGAAUGUCAAGAGAUCCGGGAUACUGGAAUUUGAUUAUGUUUUGGUGGAUUUCAGCAAUAUGGUGUCCAUUUUGUGUGCUUCCUACGACCUAAAGAAGCAGUACACCCAGAUAGACUAUGUGUUCUGCAAUGCUGCGCAUGGCGUUUAUAAGGGAAUUGACUGGAUUGGUGCUACCAAGGCAAUUAUCAAAAGACCAAUUGACGCUGUCACAAACCCUGAUUAUAAAAUUCAGCGAGUCGGAGUGAAGUCUGGAGACGGACUUGGGGUUAUGUUCCAGGCUAACGUGUUCGGGCCUUACUACUUCAUCAACUUGAUUUCUACGCUAUUGGCCAACUCAAAAGAUGGGAGGGUAGUCUGGAUUUCUUCUUUGAUGUCAGCUCCGAAGUUUCUUUCUUUUGGCGAUCUUCAGCUUCUGAAGACAGACGAGCCCUACGAGGGCUCCAAAAGACUGCUUAACUUGCUCCAUCUAGCCACAUUCGAGAGUUUCAGGAAAAGGGGCAUCACCACUUACAUAACACAUCCGGGUAUCUUUGUUUCUGCCAAUUGGGUUGCUUCGCUGAAUGUCCUAGCUAAUUGGGGUAUGUUGAUGCUGUUUUAUCUUGCACGUGCACUGGGUUCACCAUGGCAUAACAUCUCUGGAGAAAAUGCCUCCACGGCGCCCAUUUUUGCAGCACUGGAGGCGGAUCCUGUGUCUGAUUCGCAGGCUCUGUUUUAUGGAAGCUCUACAUCUGUUAAUGGAACGACAUCCGUCAAGACGGAAGAGAUAGAUGGCACUGGAGCAGAAGACGUACGGGCAUAUAUUAACGCACUGAGCAAAGAAUGGGACGAAAAAUUGAAAGAUCAGAUAGUUGAGACCAGAGUUGCACAUUUGAAGCCAUGA